AUGGAAGGCCAGGCUGGAGAGUCGGAGAUUUCUCCGGCAAGCUCAACCUGCCACGGCCGAUCUAGUUCCGAAGCUACUCCUCAGAAUAAGACGGCCGGCUUUGAAUACAUUCAUCCUGGAGAUCGCGAGGAACUAACCCGUGUUGCUUCAAAUUUCCCCCGGCAGCGAAGGAUGAGCUCUGGACUUGGACGCCUGGCCGGCCUGGAGAAGGAAGAAACCGUCGGAGACAUUGACGUUGGAGACCCAGUCAUUGAUCCAACAAGCGAAAAGUUCGAUCACUACAUGUGGGCGCGAACAAUGUUGAAGAUGAUGGACCGGGCAGGCAUUCCUUUGCGCAAGUCCACGGGAGUCGUAUGGGAGAAUUUGAAUAUUGCGGGUUCGGGAUCUGCUCUCCAAUAUCAAAACAAUGUCGGCUCUGUUGUUCUCGCCCCAUUUAGACCCCAGGAGUAUAUUUCUCUCGGGAAAGGUCAUUCCCAGAAGCAGAUUCUUCGCAAUUUCGAUGGCCUACUCAAUAGCGGCGAACUGCUCAUUGUUCUAGGAAGACCUGGUAGCGGAUGCUCGACCUUGUUGAAGUCUUUGACUGGAGAAUUGCAUGGCUUGAAACUGGUUCAGGGAUCGGACAUUCAAUACAACGGUAUAUCAAUGAGUCGUAUGCGCCGCGAGUACAAGGGCGAGGUCUUAUACAACCAGGAGGUGGAUAAACACUUUCCGCAUUUGACUGUCGGUCAAACCCUCGAGUUUGCAGCGACAGCACGUACGCCUGAGAACCGGCUUGAAGGCGUCAGUCGAGCGACUUACGCCAAGCAUAUCACCCAGGUGGCUAUGGCAGUGUUUGGCCUGAGCCACACCUACAACACAAAGGUGGGCGAUGACUACAUUCGAGGUGUUUCGGGAGGCGAGCGAAAAAGAGUUAGCAUUGCCGAAAUGGCCUUGUCUGGUGCCCCUGUCGGUGCCUGGGAUAAUAGCACUCGAGGGCUAGAUUCUGCGAGUGCCUUGGAGUUUGCAAAGGCCUUGCGAGUUUCCGCCAAUUUGACAGGCUCAUGCCAUGCCGUCGCAAUCUAUCAGGCUUCUCAGGCAAUCUACGAUGUUUUUGACAAAGUGAUAGUACUUUAUGAGGGGAGAGAAAUCUUCUUUGGACCCUGUCAAGCUGCCAGAGGCUAUUUCAUCGACAUGGGCUGGCAAUGUCCUCCUCGUCAGACAACUGGUGAUUUCCUCACGUCAGUCACCAACCCGCAAGAGCGACAAGCGAGAGACGGUAUGGAACACAAGGUGCCUCGUACUCCAGACGAGUUCGAGGCAUACUGGAAGAAGAGUUCCUAUUUUGCAUCCCUACAGAGAGAUAUUGCUCGAUAUCGAGAGUCGUUCCCACCAGGAGGCCCUGCCGAACAGGACUUUAACCAGACGAAACGUGCACGCCAAGCGAAGCAUGUCCGGCCGAAGAGUCCUUACUUUAUCUCCCUUCCAAUGCAGGUCCGGCUUUGUGUGAAAAGGGCGUAUCAGCGAAUCUGGAAUGACAAACCAUCUACACUGACGACUGUGAUUGGACGUAUUGUAAUGUCGCUAAUCAUCGGUUCAAUCUACUAUGGAACUCCGAAUGCAACAGCAGGGUUUCAGAGCAAAGGUGCUGCUCUUUUCUUCUCCGUCUUAAUGAAUGCCCUGAUCAGUAUCACUGAAAUCAACUCGCUUUAUGACCAACGGCCCAUCAUUGAAAAGCAAGCUUCCUACGCAUUUGUACAUCCAUUUGCAGAAGCAUUAGGAGGAAUCGUGGCGGACAUACCUGUCAAAUUUGUGUCCGCUGUGGUUUUCAAUAUCAUUUUCUACUUCCUCGCCAGUCUGCGAGCCGAGCCAUCCCAAUUCUUUAUAUUCUUUCUCUUCACUUUUCUCAGUACGCUUACAAUGUCGGGCGUUUUCCGAACUUUGGCAGCUUCCACCAAAACCCUUGCCCAGGCCAUGUCAAUGGCUGGGGUGAUGGUGCUAGCAAUCGUCAUCUAUACAGGCUUCGUCAUUCCCACACCUCAAAUGCAGAACAUCCCCUGGUUUAGCUGGAUUCGCUGGAUCAACCCGGUAUUCUACACAUUUGAGGCUCUUGUCGCGAAUGAAUUCCACGGUCGUCAGUUCACGUGCUCUCAAUUCAUUCCGGCAUAUCCAAGUCUUUCUGGAGACACCUUCAUAUGUGCUGUGCGAGGAGCCGUCACCGGGCAGAGAACCGUGUCGGGUGACGCUUAUAUCGCAAGUCAGUAUCAGUAUACCUAUGCUCAUGUUUGGAGAAACCUCGGUAUCGUGAUUGGGUUCUGGAUCUUCUUCAUGGCCUGUUAUCUGCUGGCUUCCGAGAUCAACUCCGCAACUUCAUCUACCGCAGAGUUCCUCGUGUUCCGAAGGGGCCACGUACCUGCACAUCUACGGCACCUGGAGAAAAAUGGACGAGCAAAGGAGAGCGCCGCAGAGAUUGCGCCGACUACAAAGAGAUCCUCCCACAAGGAUAGCAACGUAGCCAUUCCCUCGCGGCAUGACAUCUUCACUUGGCGAGACGUGUGCUACGAUAUCCCCGUCAAGGGUGGUCAGCGACGACUCUUGGACCAUGUCUCUGGCUGGGUGAAGCCUGGUACCCUGACAGCACUGAUGGGCGUGUCUGGUGCCGGAAAGACCACUCUGCUUGAUGUCUUGGCAAAGCGUGUCUCCAUUGGUGUUGUGACCGGUGAUAUGUUGGUCAAUGGUCAGCCACUGGACAAUAGUUUCCAACGAAAAACAGGAUAUGUUCAACAACAAGACCUACAUCUUCCCACUUCGACGGUUCGUGAGGCUCUGCGCUUCAGUGCAACACUUCGCCAACCAAAGACAGUGUCAAUGAAGGAAAAGUAUAGCUACGUGGAAGACGUUAUCGACAUGCUCGGUAUGCAAGACUUUGCCGAUGCAAUAGUCGGCACUCCUGGCGAAGGACUCAACGUAGAGCAACGUAAACUCUUGACUAUUGGGGUUGAACUUGCAGCUAAGCCUGCGCUUCUCAUCUUCCUUGAUGAGCCAACAAGUGGCUUGGACUCUCAAAGCUCGUGGGCUAUUUGUGCAUUUCUGCGCAAGCUGGCGGAGCAUGGCCAGGCCGUGCUUUCUACGAUUCACCAGCCUUCCGCACUGCUGUUCCAACAGUUUGACCGUCUACUUUUCCUAGCUAAGGGAGGGAAAACUGUCUAUUUUGGCGAAAUCGGCGACCAGUCUCACACCCUGUUAGACUACUUUGAGAGAAACGGGGCGAGAAGAUGUGGUUCCUCUGAGAAUCCCGCAGAAUAUAUGCUUGAAAUCAUUGGCGCCGGCGCUUCCGGUACGUCCUCCAAGGACUGGUCUGUGGUCUGGAAAGAGAGUCAAGAGUCAAAGGGAGUGCAAGCCGAGAUCGACCGCAUUCACGAAGAAAAAUCCGGGGGGCCAUCUGCUGCAGCGUCUGAUAAGGAUUCAUCCCAGCAUAGUGAAUUCGCUAUGCCCUUCCUUGCACAGCUGAAGUGCGUCACAUAUCGUUCGUUCCAAAGCUUCUGGCGCGAACCGAGCUAUGUGUGGGCAAAGAUCAUGCUCGCCACCCUGUCUUCUCUCUUUAUUGGCUUCACCUUCUUCAAACCAGACGCUUCGCUUCAAGGCUUCCAAGAUGUCUUGUUCAGUGCAUUUAUGCUAACCUCGAUUUUCUCCACGCUGGUCCAACAAAUCAUGCCCAAAUUUGUGGUUCAACGAUCGCUUUAUGAAGUCCGAGAACGUCCGUCAAAAGCCUAUUCAUGGGCGGCAUUCCUCAUCGCCAAUGUCCUCGUUGAGAUUCCAUAUCAGGUUCUCGCAGGUAUCAUUGCCUGGGCUUGUUACUACUACCCCGUGUAUGGAGCACAACAGUCCUCGGAAAGACAGGGAUUGAUGCUUCUCUUUGUGGUACAAUUCUACAUUUUUACAUCCACCUUUGCUUCUCUCGUUAUCGCGGCGCUUCCUGACGCUGAGACUGGCGGAACACUUGCGACCCUGAUGUUUAUCAUGACCUUGACUUUUAACGGAGUCAUGCAGCCACCAAACGCUUUACCGGGAUUCUGGAUUUUCAUGUAUCGAGUGUCUCCAUUAACAUACCUCAUUGCCGGCAUUACUGCGACAGGUCUACACGGUCGCAGGAUUCAAUGUGCUCCAGAGGAAUUGAGUGUCUUCAAUCCUCCAUCGGGCCUAACAUGUGGCACCUAUCUCCAGCAAUAUGCGGCCGUUGCAGGUGGCCAGCUGUACAAUCCUUCGGCAACCCAGAACUGCCAGUACUGUCAACUAACGAGCGCAGACCAAUAUCUGGGGAUGAGCAAUAUUUACUACGGUCAACGCUGGCGCAAUUUCGGCAUUGGCUGGGCGUACAUCGGCUUCAAUAUCUUCGGAACAGUCCUGAUGUACUACAUGUUCCGCGUGAAGCAUUACAACCCUACGUCUCUGGUGAGAGGCGUGUGCCAGGGCGCUUCCUUGCUUGGUCGUGUGUUCAAGAGACGCUCGGGUACGACACCAAAGGGUAGGGAGGACAAGAAUGGUAGAUUGGUUUGA